AAGCAUAACAUACAAGUAUUAUCCAAAAACCAAAUUCUGUGGCUCUCCUUUGAUUUUGUUAAUAAUUUCUACCCAACCUUUUGAGCAAACAGAAUGGCUCAUUCAUCAGACACAACCUAAUCCUUAACUCACUUCAACCAUGAAGAAUGACACAGUAGACAAGUUAGUCAUCUUCCUAGCAAAGAGAGAUGGCAUUGACAAGCUUGUCAAGACCUUCCAAUAUGUCUCCAAACUUGUUCAUUGGCACACUGAAGCCACACACCCGGAUAUUGCUAAUAGAAUCAAGCAAUGGGAGGUUGCCUCAGGGCUUAGCCGAAAAGCCUUUAGAACUGGGCGGUUUCUUACUGGCUUCAAUGCUCUGAGAAGAAGUCCUGGCUCAACUCCUACUUUCAAAUUCCUAGCAGUUCUUGCUAAUGCAGGUGAAAUGGUCUAUUUCUUUUUUGACCACUUUCUAUGGUUAUCAAGAAUUGGUACCUUGGACCCCAAGCUAGCAAGAAAGAUGAGCUUCAUAUCAGCAUUUGGUGAGUCUUUUGGCUAUAUUUUCUUUAUUAUAUCUGAUUUCAUUAUUAUUAGAGAGGGACUAGAGGCAGAGAAAAAGCUUGUCACUUCAAAAGAAGAAUCAAAGGAUGCUAAAGAGAAUAUAAGAAAGAUUAAAGCUGAUAGGGUGAUGAGGCUGAUGGCAGUGGCAGCUAAUGUUGCUGACUUGGUUAUAGGAGUGGCAGAUAUUGAACCCAACCCUUUUUGCAACCAUGCUGUUACUCUUGGGAUUAGUGGAUUGGUCUCUGCAUGGGCUGGUUGGUACAGAAAUUGGCCCUCAUAACUCGAAGAAAAUUGAAUAUUGAAGAGGGCUAUAUAUGUACCUUUAAUUUGUUUCUGAUUAAGGCAUAAUUGUGCAUGACACAUAUAUGUGGCAAAAUCAGUGUGUACAACAAUUGCACCAACAGAGCCUUGUAGUUCAAUGCAUUAUAGCCAGUUUUCCUAUGAAGGAGAACCGGGCUGAAAUCCCUUCUUUUUACUUAUUGUAAGUGGAAAAAAAAAAGAAAAAAGAAAAAAAAAAGUUGCACCAGUGUAUAUGACAUAGUUUAACUAUUCCAUCUUUCAAAUA